CUCGGGCAGAUUUCUCACUUUUCCCUCCCUCUAGUUUCUAGUUCUAGAGUGCGCCAGGUGUGCUCAUCUCCAUCGGAUUGCCUCCCUCCGUCUCUCUUUCCGCAUUGUCCAUCCCCCGCCAUCCCGUUUAGCAUCGGGCCUAUCUGAUUUAGAGUCAAUCCUCGGUUCGGUCGGACGCCAUCCGUCGUCCCCUAUUCGUUCUCGUUGCGGGUUGAUCGUCAUGAGCAAAGGCAGUUCCUCGUCCAACGUGAUGGAGAUCAUGCAAGCCAAGAUGCAAGAGGAGGUGGAGGCGCUCCAGACGCUCCAGAAGCAAUCCAGCCAAGCCCUGACUGCCCGACAGACCCUCGACUCCCAACUCAACGAAAACCAAUUGGUCAAAGAGGAGAUGGAUGCCCUGGAAGAGGGCGCCCACGUCUUCAAGCUCAUCGGGCCCGCCUUGGUCCGGCAAGCCGUGCCCGAGGCCCAGGGCAACGUGGACAAACGCAUCGCCUACAUCACGGCCGAGCUGAAACGACAGGAGACCCUACUCAAGACUCUGGAAGAGAAGCAAGACGAGCGACGCAACACGCUGCAAACCAUGCAGAAUCAGAUGCAGAAACUGGCCCAAGCUUGAGAUGAUCACCGGAAAACCGGAAAGCCGGAAAUUUGGCCCCGCCCAUAAUUGAUGUGAAAGACCUGUCUCUCAAUUCGCUGUGUGAAUAAAGCCCGACACGGUUCUCAGUC